GAUAAAGAAGGCGUGGUACUGGUGCAUGGCUUUGGAGCAUCGGGAUCGCAGUGGAACAAAGCCAUGAUGGAGCUCAACACCACGACUGCCUCCCAGGGCUUGGCACCCGAUCUUAUUGGCUUCGGAGAAGCCGAGAAACCUGCGCUAUCUUACUCGGGGUAUAUGUGGGAUGCACAGGUGCUAGAUUUCGUCAAGGAGCGAGCCAUGGCCGUGCACGGGUGUACCUCGUUUGUCACUGGCGGUAACAGCAUCGGUGGGUUCACGAGUAUGAGUUUGGCGGCGAGUGACGCGGCUGACGUCGAUGGACGCAGCUUGUCAUCCUCGGGAGCUCCUGGAAGAUUGCCCAUUUGCAAGCCUCCAGCUCGACCGGUGGCUCGUCUUUUUGGGAACGUGCUACUGGGUUAUUUGCGACCCCGAAUUCAGUCGAUCUGCAAGAACUUGUACCCGACAAACCCCGCUGCAGUCGAUGAAUCUCUCUGUACAGGAAUUUUCCGCGAUUCUUUGGAUCCCGGAGCAAUUAACGUCAUGAUGGCUGGUGCCAAGCUUCCACCACCACGAUCGGCCAAUGAACUCCUAAAGGCCGACUUUGGGGGAGCAGCUACGGUAGAAAAUGUAGAAAUACUCGAAGCUUUCUUUGAUGGGCCUGUUCUAGUUGCCCAAGGUGUCUUGGAUCCCCUUAACGACUCUACGGACCGUAUGAAUCGUUUUGGUGCCUUGCGUGCCGGCAUUAUGAAGGAUCCCAUCAAUGCUGGUCACUGCCCCCACGACGAAUUGCCUGGCGCAGUGGCACAGAGUAUUUCCAAUUGGAUG